AUGAUGACAAAGACAAAUCAAGCCAUCGCUAUCUUCCUCCAUCUCUGUUUCCUUCUUCUCCUUCUACUCUCUUCAACAACGUCUAAUCCUCUUUGCUCAGAUUCAAAGACUCAAGUCAACUCCAACGAGACUCUUCAGUUCUGCGAUUCCUACUCAGGAAGAACUUGCUGCGACUCCAAAAAUGAUCUUGAAUUGCAGAACCGCUUCAACUCCAUGAACAUCUCUGACUCAACUUGUUCUUCCCUUCUCAAAUCCAUUCUCUGUUCUAAAUGUGAUCAAUUCUCAGGACAGUUUUUUAGCGAAGAGAAUUCUCAAAUUCCGAUUCUCUGCAACUCAACUUCUAAAGAUUUAUGCUCAAAGCUAUGGGAUUCAUGUCAGAACAUCUCCAUUGUCUCUUCUCCAUUUAGUCCAACUCUACUAGGCGGUGCUUCUUCGCCUUCAACCUCCUCAAACUCAUCGACAUUAACCGAUCUCUGGAAAUCCCAAACCGAAUUCUGUACCGCCUUUGGUGGACCAUCUCAAACCAACAUAACCAAAUGCUUCAAUGGUAAACCGGUUAACCAAGUGAAUGAUACCGGUCAUGAUGUAAAGCCACCUAAAGGGGUAUGUCUUGAGAAGAUAGGAACCGGGUCUUACCUCAACAUGGUGGCUCAUCCAGACGGCUCAAACCGGGCCUUCUUCUCUAACCAACCGGGUAAAAUCUGGUUAGGUACAAUACCGGAUCAAGAUUCAGGUAAACCGAUGGAAAUCGACGAAUCAACUCCAUUUGUUGACAUAACCGAUCAAGUCAGCUUCGAUACGCAGUUUGGUAUGAUGGGAAUGGCGUUUCAUCCUCGGUUCGCAGAGAACGGACGGUUCUUCGCGUCGUUUAACUGCGAUAAAGUCAAGUCUCCUGGAUGCUCUGGUCGUUGUGCUUGCAAUUCUGAUGUGAACUGUGAUCCUUCUAAGCUUCCUAAAGACGACGGUGCACAGCCUUGUCGUUAUCAGACCGUUGUGGCUGAAUACACCGCAAACGGCACUUCCUCGAGCCCUUCAACGGCAAAGACUGGUAAGGCGUCUGAAGUGAGGAGGAUUUUCACAAUGGGACUUCCGUAUUCGUCGUCACACGGUGGACAGAUUCUGUUUGGGCCUGAUGGGUAUUUGUAUCUCAUGACGGGUGAUGGAGGAGGAGUUUCAGAUACUCACAACUUUGCACAGAACAAGAAGUCUUUGCUUGGCAAAAUCUUGAGGCUUGAUGUUGACGUAAUGCCAAGCGUGUCUGAUAUCUCUCAGCUUGGUUUAUGGGGAAACUACUCUAUCCCAAAGAACAAUCCUUUCCAAGGCAUUGAAGAUCAGCAGCCUGAGAUUUGGGCUUUAGGGCUGAGAAAUCCGUGGCGUUGCAGCUUCGAUAUCGAAAGACCGGACUACUUCUUGUGCGCAGACGUUGGAAAGGAUACGUAUGAAGAAGUUGAUAUCAUAACAAAGGGUGGAAACUAUGGAUGGAGAAUCUACGAAGGACCUUACGUUUUCUCUCCGUUGUCUCCUUUUGGAGAGAAUGUGUCUGCGGUUUCUAACUUGACGUUCCCGAUCCUCGGUUACAAUCACUCUGAAGUUAACAAACAUGAAGGAUCUGCUUCCAUCAUUGGAGGUUACUUCUAUCGUUCCAACACUGAUCCUUGCUCUUAUGGAACGUACUUGUAUGCAGAUCUCUACGCAAACGCGAUGUGGGCAGCGAUAGAAUCACCAGAAGAUAGUGGAAACUUCACGAAAUCUCAAAUACCGUUUAAAUGCAGCGAGGAUUCACCGGUGAAGUGCACGGCAGCUCCAGGAGGAGCUGACUCAGGACCUGCACUUGGUUACAUCUACUCUUUCGGACAAGACAAUAACAAAGACAUACAUUUGCUCACGAGCUCUGGUGUGUACCGAAUUGUUCGUCCUAGUCGAUGUAACCUUGCUUGCUCCAAGGAAAACACCACUUCUUCUACCGGAAAACAGAGCCCUGCUGAGAUAUUUGCAACCGGCGUUGUGUUUGGAACCUACAUGGCAAUGAUGACAGCUAUAUUUUUCUGGGUUUCAUACAAAACAGACUUCAUCCCGGAAGCUUGCCUCAGCAAUAUACCUACAAGUGGGCAUUAUAAGUCAGGCGCUUAUCUUUGUGACGCGAUCACGGAGUUGGUCUUAUGUGGAACGUCCUGGGGUGUGGCUUGUGGUAGCCUUUAUCAUCGCACAAUUGGUGGCUACUCUGAUUGCAGUCUAUGCAAAUUGGAGCUUUGCUGCGAUGGAAGGGAUUGGAUGGGGAUGGGCCGGGAGUAUGGUGGAAAACCAGCUCUUAUUGAUACCACCCAACUCCCAAUAACGGGUUUGGGGGGCUUAUGGGUCUUGGAAGAUGGUGGAAAAUGGUCGACUAAAUCUCUGGUUUUGCAGCCUCGUCAGAUACGUUUGUUUGAUAAAAACAGCUUUGUUGUGAAGGUGCAUGGUGCAACUCAAAACGGCGAGGUUAUCUUGGCACCCAUAGUGUGGGAACCUCACAUUUUCUAUUAUGAUGUGGAAAAGAAUGAUUUGAGAAAGAUUAGAAUCAACGCAGGAAAACCAGACCGCGGGUUUCGUGAGUCGUACGUUGAAUGCAGGCAUAUGGAAAAGAGUGGAAGCAUCAUGCACUUGGAAACUUGA